AAUCAAACGUCGCGGAGAACACAACGCUGGCGCAGAAUGACGGCCAAGAUUAAGUUGCGGUCUCAGCUGCAUUUGCUGACGGGUUUCAUGGCGGGAUUCGUCUUGGCCUUUGUGCUGCUCUUGUAUGUGUAUGAUGUCAGUAGGGUGACGCCCUGCUGGAGCAGUUCCUCAACGAUGUCCACAGCCACGGCCAGGAUUCGGGGUAGUCCACCUGCCCGGAUUCUGUGCAUGGUGCUCACCUGUCCGGAAAACGUGGAAACCCUGGCCCGGACAGUCCACGAUACUUGGGGUCAGCGAUGCAGCCACCUGAUCUUUGCCAGCAGUGAGGAUUACGAACCACUGGGCGUGGUCCAGGUGGUUGAGCCAGGGGGCGGUGGCUACGAGGAUCUGUGGAAUAAAACUCGCGAGGGAUUCCGCCACGUUUGGGAACACUUUGGUCGCGACUUCGAUUGGUUCCUCAAGGCGGAUGACGAUACUUAUGUGGUCAUGGAGAAUCUGCAGCAGCUGCUGAGCGGUUUCGAUCCGGAUACACCCGUCUACUUUGGAUACAAGAUGUCACGAUAUAAUGUGAGUUAUAUGUCUGGCGGGGCUUCUUAUGUUCUGAGUCGUCAGGCCCUCGAUCGCUUUAUGACCCAAGCCUACGAGUCUGAGGUGAUUUGUCCACAGCCUAAAAAGAUGGGAAUCGAGGACUUUUACAUGGGCAUAUGUCUGCAGAAUGUGGGCGUCCAUUUCGUGGACUCGUCUCAGUCGUUGGAUGGGGACACAAAGCCAAAGUUUAUGCCUCUGGACCUGGAACACUAUAUGUCGGAAGCAAAUAUAACGAUUCCACAAUGGUUGCGCCAGAUGAGUUUUUCUCUAGUUGAAACUGGCUUGACAUGUUGUUCCAAAUAUUCGGUGGCCUUUCAUUAUGCCAGCCGCGAACGGAUGUUUCUCUACGAGUUUCUAAUCUAUCAUCUUAAAGUGUUGAGUCCCAACCUGAUUUCAGAAAGAAAUCAGGGGAGUCAAUUAACCUUAUCUGAUUUGAUAAGGCGGUUUCCACUGGAAGAUAAUUCCAAUAUAAAAGACUUGCUACAGAUGUCUGAGAAACCAGAGAAUUUUUAG